CUCGCCCGAUAGCGACUGGCCGUAUCUCAUAAUCUACACUUUACGCAUCCUGACCUGAACCAUCAUCUCCCGCGAAGCCAGCCUUGUGUAGAAGGAACAAUCAGCAUUCAUAGGGCAGACGAACCUCACCAUGGCCGCGUAUCCCAACCCCGACGAUCUCGUCGUCCCACCCUCGAUCCUGGACACGGAUCUGUACAAGUUCACGAUGCAGCAAGCAGUAUUUGAACACUUCCCGAAUGCAUGGGCGACGUAUCGCUUCACGAACCGGAAUGCAGACACGGUAUUCACGCGAAAGUCGAUUGAUAUCCUGCGCGCGAGUGUCAACCAAUUCUCCUGUCUAUCUAUGUCAGAGGCCGAGAAGGAAUGGCUCGCGAAGGCCUGCCCCUACUUCAAACCCGCAUACCGCGAUUUCCUCGGCACCUACCGCUUCAAGCCCGAACAGGUCGAGAUCAAGUUCAUCCCCGCCGAGGGCACGGAGGAAGGGCCAGACCAACACGGAAACCUAUCCAUGACCGCCUCUGGGCCAUGGAUAGAAUCCAUCCUGUGGGAGGUCCCUUUGAUGUCCACGCUCUGCGAAAUAUACUACAAGCAUGUCGACAUGGACUGGAGCUACGAGGGGCAGGAAGAGCUCGCCUACCAAAAGGGAAAAGCCCUCCUUUCUCAUGGCUGCGUCUUCAACGAGUUCGGCUCCCGGCGGCGCAGAUCCCUGAAAACACACGACCUCGUCAUCACGGGCCUCAUACGUGCGAUGAAGGACGCGGAGGCGGCGUCAGGGAAGGGCCACGAGGGCCACAAUGUCGAGGGCAUGCCGUCGGGAGCGAAGGGUGAGCCGGGGAAGUUGAGUGGGACGAGUAACGUCUAUCUCGCCAUGAAGCACGACCUCACGCCGACGGGGACGAUCGCACACGAAUGGUUCAUGGGUGUCGCCACCGCAAAGGGCUACGAGAACGCGAACACAGUUGCCCUGAGACUGUGGCAGGAAACGUACGGAAACGUGCUUUUGGUAGCGCUCACAGACACUUUCUCAAGCGAUGCGUUCUUCAAGAACCUCGCCGCCAGCCCCGACAUCGCGCGCACCUGGGCCGGCCUGCGUCAGGACUCGGGCGACCCCUUCGCCUUCGCGCCAAGAGCGAAAGCGGUGUACGAGGGGCUGGGAAUCGACCAUAGGGAGAAGGUCAUCGUCUACAGCGACGCACUGUCCGUCGAGAAGGCCGUGAAGCUGCUUGAGCACGCGGGGCCGAAGGGGCUCGGAUUCAAAGUCGCCUUCGGCAUCGGCACCAACUUCACCAACGACUUCCGCAAGAAGUCGACCGCGGACCCGCAAAACCCAACCUCCACCGGCGCGCCCAGCGAAGCACUGAACAUCGUGAUCAAGCUGGACAGUCUGGACGGCAAGCCUUGCGUGAAGAUCAGCGAUGAUUUGACGAAGAACACCGGCGACAAAGAGACGGUCAAAUACGUCAAGCAGAUAUUCGGGCUCCCUGUAUGAGGGAGGGAAUAAUUGAGUCUCAUUCAGAGGCAUGGGCGAGGCAGCACGAUCCGAAGGUGCUGAGUAUUUCUGGGAGAAGAACAAUAGAAUUAUAGACUGUAUGUACUAUGUAGCGAUGAUCUGCACUAUGCAUCAUUGUCGAGUGACAUCAACGACUGUCCGGUACCGGCACCAUAGCCUACUAUUCGGUUCUGCCGUCCAUGAUAUCCUGAUACCUCCUGACAUUCUCCU